CGCUCGGAGGGGCCUGCCGAGCCCUCGUGCCCAUCCCCCACCGUCAACGCAGCCAGCGCCGGAGCCCGGAGCUUUCGCUGCCGUCGCCAGGCCUCGGACACCCAAACGAGGACAGCGGCUGCCCGCGGCGCAGGUGUCCUGAAAAAAUGGCUGAUGAUAUUGAUAUAGAAGCAAUGCUUGAAGCUCCUUACAAGAAGGAUGAGAACAAAUUGAGCAGUGCCAACGGCCACGAGGAGCGCAGCAAGAAGAGAAAAAAGAGCAAGAGCCGAAGUCGAAGCCAUGACAGAAAGAGGAGCAGAAGCAAGGAGCGCAAACGGAGCCGGGAUCGGGAAAGAAAAAAGAGCAGAAGCCGGGAAAGGAAGCGGAGCAGAAGCAAGGAGCGCAGGCGCAGCCGUUCCAGGAGCAGGGAUCGCAGAUUCAGAGGCCGCUACAGGAGUCCCUAUUCUGGUCCCAAAUUCAACAGUGCCAUCAGAGGGAAGAUUGGUCUGCCUCACAGCAUCAAAUUAAGCAGACGGCGUUCCAGAAGCAAAAGUCCCUUCAGAAAAGACAAGAGCCCUGUUAGAGAACCUAUUGAUAAUCUUACCCCUGAAGAGAGGGAUGCUCGAACAGUGUUCUGCAUGCAGCUAGCUGCAAGAAUUCGGCCAAGAGACCUGGAAGAAUUUUUCUCUACAGUAGGGAAGGUGCGUGAUGUGCGGAUGAUUUCUGAUAGGAAUUCCAGGCGUUCAAAGGGAAUUGCUUAUGUGGAAUUCGUUGAUGUUAGUUCAGUGCCUCUGGCAAUAGGACUCACUGGACAGAGAGUCCUGGGCGUACCAAUCAUAGUGCAGGCAUCACAGGCAGAGAAAAACAGAGCAGCAGCAAUGGCAAACAACCUGCAGAAGGGCAGCGCUGGCCCCAUGAGGCUCUACGUAGGGUCGUUGCACUUCAACAUCACUGAAGAUAUGCUUCGAGGGAUCUUCGAGCCGUUCGGCAGGAUUGAAAGUAUUCAGCUGAUGAUGGAUAGUGAAACUGGACGUUCCAAAGGAUACGGAUUUAUUACGUUCUCAGACUCAGAGUGUGCCAAAAAGGCUUUGGAGCAGCUCAAUGGAUUUGAGCUGGCUGGCAGGCCGAUGAAAGUUGGGCAUGUAACUGAGCGCACUGAUGCUUCCAGUGCUAGCUCGUUUUUGGACAGCGAUGAGUUGGAACGAACUGGAAUUGACUUGGGAACAACUGGUCGCCUUCAGUUGAUGGCAAGACUUGCAGAGGGUACUGGGUUGCAGAUUCCCCCGGCUGCACAGCAGGCUCUGCAGAUGAGUGGGUCAUUGGCAUUUGGGGCUGUGGCAGAGAAAAUUACUACCAGGAAUUAUGUCAUUGUGGGAGACUUUAACUUCCCUGAUACAGAUUGGAGAAGAAUUGCUAGUAAUAAUGGUGGGGCCCAGAUAUUCCUGGAUGUGAUAUCCGACAAAUUUCUUCAUCAAACACUCACUGACUCAUGAAGAAGGGAUGCUAUUUUAAACUCAUUUUGGUAAAUGUGUCUGAAAGUGGAAAAUCAGGAGGCCGUAGAACACUUCAUGUACUUUGUGGGACAGAAUUUCUUUUCAGCAGAUUUGAUCUGCUGUUCUGCUGUAAAUAAUGAGAAAACUGGGAAACGUGGCAUUUGUUUUCAAGCAUUUGUUCACUUGAAGCUGGCUGUGCUUGAAAAUGAAGCAGGUAAUAUUGCAAUGUCUUUUAAGGCACGCAGUGCUUGGGUAGAUAUUCCUGCUGUAUCUCUCCUGAGCGUGUGCAGAGUCAUUGAGGUCUCCCUGUUCUUGCAGAUAAUACACAGGAUGUACUCGUGGCUGAGUUUCCCUGGACACAUGGUAACUUCAGUGUCCACGUCCUGUUCAAAGCUGCACCUAAGGAGGAAUAGCCUUAGAAGAGUGACAGUGGAGUUCAAAAAUGGAAUGGAUUUGGAGAGAAAAUCCAUUCUUCAGUCCUGAGCAGGAAGGAUUCAAGUAGUUAAUGAAAGCUUUUAUGGAUGGAGGAAUAUGCUUCUGAAGUGGCAGAUAAUUAACGUAUGAAACAUGUUGCUGCCAGGCAUUGAUUGGUGACCUUCUGUAAAUGGAGCAGGUCUGUGAGCCCUGCCCAGAGCUGAGGGCUCUGUGUGGAGCUGUCACGUUGGGCACAGGAGGAUGGGGCUGCAGGGUCCCAAUGGCCAAUCUUGGUGGGUGCAGCUGAAGUGAUGUCAGAGGUGCAAAGGGAGAAGUCUGUCCUCAUCUAACUAGAGAGAUCUAAGAGAUUUUGCUUAUUUGCCUUUAUUUUAUUCAAACACUUUUUUUUUUUUUUUUUUUUAACCAAAAAACUUGGUAAUUAUUUAUAGAAUCACAGAAUGGUUUGGGCUGGAAGGGACCCUUAGGUUCACCUAGUUCCAGCCCCUGCUCGAGGCAGGGACGCCUCUCCCUGUGCAGCCUGGCCUCGAGCCUCUCCAGGGAGUGGACAUCCACAGCCUCACCAGGCAACCUGUUCCAGUGCCUCAUCACCAGAACAGAUGGUGAGAUGAUAGAUUUGGGCACUUCUGUGUGGAUCUCGUGGGCUUCUGUAGAGAAUGUGCCCUAGGACGGCCCCCCGUUAUGGGGUUUCUCUCUUGGUGGAGUGGAGCAUUCCUUCCUGGUAAAAAGCCAGAUGAGGAACAUGCUAGAUGUAGCUCAGCCUUCAGAGCUUUCUUUUAAUCCUGUGUUUUAUGUGCUU